UCGCCGUCCUUCAGCCGCCGCCGUCGUGUCCAACCGAGCGAGCCCACGAGCCGCGGUGUGAAGGGCGAGCACGAGGGGGGUGACGAGAGAGAGGCCCCGCGGGCAAGCAGGACGAGCCGGCGAUGGCGGAGAACGGCGCGAGUACGGGAGAUGUCCGCCCACCGCAAGUGGUGCGAGUUGGAACACGGAAAAGCCAGUUGGCUCGGAUCCAGACUGACAGCGUGGUGGCGUUACUACAAGCCCAAUACCCUCUCAUCACAUUUGAGAUCGUUGCGAUGACGACCACGGGGGACCAGAUACUGGAUGUGGCCCUCUCCAAGAUCGGAGAGAAGAGCCUCUUCACCAAGGAGCUGGAGAAAGCGCUGGAAAAGAACGAGGUUGACCUGGUGGUGCACUCGCUCAAGGACCUCCCCACCACGCUGCCGCCCGGAUUCACCGUCGGGGCUAUUCUCCAGCGUGAGAAUCCCCAGGAUGCCCUGGUGCUGGCGCCACAGCUCGCCGGACACACGCUGGAAAGCCUCCCCGACAAGAGUGUGAUUGGCACCAGCUCCCUGCGUCGUGCAGCCCAGCUGAAGAGGAAUUUCCCUCAACUGGCCUUCAAAGAUGUCCGCGGAAACCUGAACACGCGCCUGCGAAAGCUGGACGAGCUGGGGGAGUACAGCGCCCUCGUGCUCGCGGCCGCAGGGCUCUCGCGCAUGGGCUGGGACGAUCGCAUCAGCCAGAUAAUCGACCCGGGUGUGUGUCUCUAUGCCGUGGGACAGGGAGCGCUGGCGGUGGAGGUUCGUGCCGAGGACCGGCACGUCCUGGAGCUGCUGUCGUUCCUGCACCACCGCGACACCGUGCUGCGCUGCGUUGCCGAGCGCGCCUUCCUCAGGACGCUGGAGGGUGGAUGCAGUGUCCCUGUCGCUGUGCAUAGCCGCAUGGAGGGGAAAGAGCUGACCUUGACGGGUGCUGUGUAUAGUCUGGAUGGAGCGGACUGUCUGAAAGACACCCAGAAAGUGUCCUUGAAUGCCACGCAAGAGCCCGGGCAGGGCAGCACCGCCACCCCUGCGCAGCACGUGGGCGUGGCGGCUCACGGCAGCGUGGCGCCGGGUGACAUGGUGGCGGCCGAGGGCCUGGGCCUCCGCCUGGCCGAGGAGCUGCUGUCGCGCGGCGCCCAGGAGAUUCUGUCGACGGCGCGGAGACUCAACGACGAGCGCUGACGAGGACGACGACAGCGGCGACAACGGGUGGCGUCAGACAUGGCUGCCCCCCCCCUCCCCCCCACCCUCCA